UUUUUAGCCUUUACAGGGCCGCGGGGUCUGUGAUUAUGGUGUCUCAUUCCCAAUACUUAACAAGCAUAGAUGUGGUCAUGGUGCUCCGGCAUGUGCAUGGUAGGCCAACAGUGAUUGUCAUUCACUUCCUUGUUGUAUCCUUUUCUGAAACUCUUCUUUCACAUGAUCCCUCUGCUGCUGCAUAAGAAGGAUAGCUCCUUGCCAAGAUGAGACAUCAGUCACAUCCUUUGACUGCAAGCCUGAAAACUGAAAAGCAAUGAGUGCUGCUGCUCCAACAGCUGCCAUGGCAGCAGUGCUGACAGCUAAUGCUUUUGCCGCAAUGGGCACAGCCCUCAUGCGGGCCACCGCAUCCACUCCCUCUUCAUUGAGCUUCUUUGCUGUGUUCAAGAAAUGCGCUCCCCCUGACACCAAAGCUCCACCACAGAGAGCAGUCACUGCGAUCCACAGCCCUGUUUCCUUCGAGAUCUGGCGAAGCUCGCUCUUUUCAGGGCCUGGAUGCUGACCUGCUGUCAUACGAGGUCAAGUGCGCACCGCAUGGAGGAGUGCCUAGGAUCCUUUAUCAUAUAUGCACUUCAGCGUUCUUGACAGUCGUCUAUAACUUUUUAAAUGUCUUUUGUUGCGUUUUGAUGAGUAUAAUAUACUAGCUAACUGGUGUUGUUGCCCAUGUACCCAAGCACUGGAUUGUGGCUAAACUUUGGUGAUGGGCAUGUGUUAGU